CAGAUCAGUUGUGCAUGCUGCUACGAGUAACAAGUACAAGUUGUGUACAACUACAACUCUAAUAAAAACCUAUAGUAUCAUUUAAAUAUAAAUUUAUGAUCUGCUCGCUCUGUGUCUCUGUUCCUCCUGAUAUUACAUUUCGUUGGACCUGAACUCAGGACCACAGGGAAAGGACGGAAUGUGUAGGGGCACCACGUGAUGAAAUCUCGAUCACCAUUGCCCUCUUCAUGUCGCAACCACCAUCCUCCGUGAACAGCCCGCCGUGGCUCGUGUAGAAUUCCUUUAUUGCUCCAUUUGAAACGUAAUGUUGUCCCGUUCGUGUCGUCGGUUGAAGCGCGUGCCGAAGGCCAACUCCCUACUUGCGAAGAAUGUCCGAGACCCGGGGAACAAGAACUACGGCAAGGAUGAGCCGCUGGAAAAGCGCGUGAACCCUUUUGAGCGGGAGGAAGCGCCGACCACCUUUGGCGCUUCAAAACUGGAAGACAUCCAUGCCCUAUCAAAUGCAAAAAUGUCUGGGUCUGGAAGGGUCAUACUGUUUUUGCAUGACACAGAAGGUCUGGGAUGGAAGCUCUAGCAUCAUAGGUUUCGAGAAGCUUCCGCCAGGCCGAAUCAGCAUGACACAUCCCCCAUUUUGGUCACAGAAAGUGGGCAGCUUUUGCUACCUAUGCAUGAGAGAUUUUUCUUUGUUCUGAAAUGCGCAUCGCAAGUUUGUAUUCUUCCAGACCCAGACAUUUUUGCAAUCCAUAUGCCCGAGACACUGCGUAUUUCGAAAACCGCGCAAGGCAGUUGCGCAAUGAAGAGGGCCGGCGCGAAGUCCGAGAGUUCUUUGAGCGGCAGGAAGAGCUCAGAAAGGAGCCCCAGCGACUCGCGAACCUUGACAACAUCCUCGAAAAGGAGCAGGCCUUCCUGCGUCAAAUAAGGGAACACGAACACCAGACUUCUCACGGCGGUGACUCAAUGAACCAGGAACAGCUACGACUGUUCAAGGCUGGCGCUAUGACGAAAAACCUCAAGAAACACGAAGGUCAGAACGCACCCGCGCAAUUGGAAGCAAGAACUACAGAGCCUGUACUUUCUCGUUCUAGCUAUUCAACCUCAACAACACUUGAAAUGUUGAACAACGAGCUAGCGUCCCGCACAUGCAGCAGAGACGAGACAGACGCGAGCGGAAGUGCAGGCGUAGUUCCGUCAGAAAGGUGCUCGAGCUCGAGUGCUGCUGGAGCUGGACUUACUCGCAACAGAAAGCCGGAACUUCGGCUUCUUUCCACGGAAAAGUUUCGAUCACCGGAGGAGCAAGCUAGCCAGUGCGCUGCCCGGGCUGCCCGUUGGGAGCGAAAAACUGCAUUGUUUCUGGAGUACUUAAACAAAUCACCCGAGGAGCGCCGACAAAAAUACUCGCUGACAAACUCGCUCGAUCCCGACUUCCAGGCAAAGGAGCGCCUGCCCUGGAGGAUUCGUCGAAUACGCAUAUACAAAAGUGUCGCACACUUAAAACAAAAACCUCCAGGAAUCGCGUUUCUACUAUGGAUGUCACUAUGAAAAAAUCCAAAGGCAAAAGAAUUCUACGGUCUGCGACGUGCGGUUGCAUUGCGUAUAGAUACUGUGUACGUGUAGAUGCAAUAAAGUGAAAAUAUCACUUAUAAAUGUUGAGUCAAACAAAAGUUGUCGGCUGUUUGUAAUUCGCGACGCUAAAAACUCUGCUACUGCUUGCUUCAUGCAACGGUAUCUUGAUUGGUACGGGUGCGAAACUUUUGGACAGGAUUGCACACAGCGUAUGGCAACCUCCCUGUUUACGAACGCUUCAAACGCGGCGGCAUUGAGGCGUACACCGUGAUCCGCGGCAUCGAGGGAAACGUGCGCUCAUUGCACAAGCAGCUGUGCCAUGUAUGUGAGGCACCUGCGAGGCAGCGCACAGGAGCAUUCGAGGUUCGCGGGUUGCACAGCUGGAAACUCAAAGAGUGGCUGGCCAGCUUAGGAUUUUGAUGACGCUUUCCUCAUGAAGACAUUGUGCUGAAGGUAAGCGUAAGGCAGAAUAAGCAGGGUCAAUUUAUUUGCACUCAUUAGCCCAAUUUGUUGGCACGGGAACGGGAUUCGAAUCAAUUGCGAAGAGAGAGUAGCAUCCCCUACGCAAGCAAAACAAAUUUGGUCUAUGCAGCUC